UUAUUUACUUCGGUCACGUGGUCUUUCAAGACGGGAAUGAGAAUAAAAAUGACUGCAAUGGUUUCUUUACACUAAAGAAAGCUAUUCUGACACUAAAACGAAGUCAUGAAAGAGCAGAGAGGGAAACAGACCCCUGAGCAAGAUGCCGUGGAGCACAUUGCUGCUUGUAAAGACAAACCCUUCCUGGAGGAAAAGUUCAUUGACUCUUUUAAAGGAAGAGGUGUGUUCACUAAUGAAACCAUCAAGCCGUCUAUGUUUGUUGUGGAAUAUCGUGGGAAGAAAUUUUCAAGAGGCAUCAGAUCUGAGGAGAGAUUUGGCGAUGCUUUGAAUGGUUUUGUUUUUGAAUUUUCAUGGAAAGGAGAGCGAUGGUGCAUUGAUGCUUCGGAAGAAGACAACACACUUGGCCGACUUGUGAAUGAUAAUCACAUAAGUCCAAACUGUGAAAUGAGGAAGGUUGUUUGUGAAGGGAAGCCACACUUGUGCCUGUUUGCAGUUGAGGAAAUCUCUCCAGGCGAGGAAAUAACAUACUACUACGGAGAGUCCAGUUAUGAGUGGCGCUCAACGGAAUUUUACUGUGGGUUGACUUCUUUAAAGAGAGACGGCUGUCCUUCCUCAUCAGCACCACGGCCUAAAAGGUCAAAGAAGUCACAAAUUUUCUACCGUGAGGAAUCUUCUGACAAUGACGAUGAACAACCUGGACCAAGUCGUUGUGUUCGAGCGACUUCAUGUUCAGCUGAUCGGGAAUCUCCUCCGGACCUUACCGACUCUUUCAUGGAGCCAUCAGAGGACUCUCCUGAUGAACACAAGACCAAAAAGGAUUAUGAAAUCUGCAAACCCAAACAAAAACGCAUGAAAAUGUUUCCCACAAAAGACAAAUCUUUUACUUCCAAAAACCAUUGCUUUGUUUGCAGAAAAGCAAUGCACAAAAUUUCUCGUCAUCUCGAAAAGCACGCUAAGGAACAACCUGAAAUCGCAAAGGCGUUUUCAUUUCCUCCAAACUCAACCGAACGCAAAAGGCUGCUUAACAUAUUAAGAAACAGAGGAAAUUUUGAUCACAAUCAGGAAGUGCAGAGGAGCAAUACUGGAGAAUUGAAAGUGAAAAGGCGACCAAAAUCUGGCAACAUGAGUUCAACAAGCUUUAUGUACUGUCCGUAUUGUAAAGCCAUGAUGACACAAUCAUUAAUGUGUUAUCAUGUACCCAAUUGUAUUAAAACUUCACUUUCUGUAAAUAAUAGUGUCAUAAAUGGCACUGAGGAGUUGGAGUCAGUGCACAGUAUCCCUCCUGAUGUGAAGAAGAUACUUUCAGGGAUGGAACAAGACGAAGUCAGACUUGUGAUUCAAAAUGAUCACCUUCUGAUCCAGCUGGCAAAGAGUUUAUGCAGAAAGUACAGAAACGACCCAUGCAAGGAGCAUUCUGUCCAGGAGAAGCUGAAGGAAAUAGGGACACUCUUGUUGAAUCUGAAUAAAAAGAGAAUAUUAAGCUUUGAAGAUGCAAUACAAUCCAAGAAAUUCUCCAGCAUUGUCAAUUCAGUGAAAAACAUUGUGGGUUUUGAUCCCAUAAUGCAGACUUACAGCAAGCGAGGACUUGCUUUCAAUUUGGGAAAUUCACUAAAGAGGAUCGCCAAAAUCAUUCUUAAUGGGGAAAAUAUCAGUGAAACAAUGAGGAGUUCUGCUAAAAUAUUCCUAGAAAUGUGUGAGAAAGAGUGGGGUGGACUUGUGUUGGACACCACUUUUUCAUCAGUGAGAGGACAAAAAGUUUGCAGUCCAGCUGCAAUACCUUUCACACGUGAUGUACAAGCUUUCCAUUCCUACCUGGAAAGAUUAUCAGCUUCUGCCACUGAAAGCUUGAAGACAUCUGACGAUCCUCAAGUCUUCAAUGUACUUUCCAGGGUCACACUUACACAGAUUUCGGUUUUGAGCAAAUGUACAACUGAGGUUUCAGAAAUGACACUGAAGUCUUUCGAGGAGAGGGGCAACUCCACCAAGGUGUUGUCCAAGCACUUUGUCAAGAUAAAUAUUCUGAGCAAGAGUGGCCUGUACGUCGCCAUUCUAUUGACCUCUGAACUCACCAGCACCAUAACUUUGCUGAUCAGCAAGAGGCUGGCCUGUGGUGUCCAUGAGGACAAUCCGUUCUUGUUUGCAAAGCCAGACUCUUCUGUCACAAGCCACUACCACGGAUCUCACUGUAUCAAGUCUUUCUCAAGCCUGUGUCAUGCGGAGAACCCUGAGAAUCUCAGUUCUGCUCAUCUCUGCAAGCACAUGGCAAGAAUAUUCCACAUUCUGAUGGAGAACGACGAGCUUGAACACCUUAGUGAACUGGUUGGCCUUGAGAUCCAGACCAACAAGGAAUACUACCAGUCCCCAGAGGCGGCCGUUGAACUUGCUAAAAUCUCUAAACUCCUCCUGGCAAUGGAGAAAGGAACUCUGGACAGAUUCAAAGGAAAAUCUCUGGCCGAGGUUGAGAUCGAUGAUGAGCUGGAGUCAGAUGAGGGGCAGAGCAGUGGUGGAGAAGAUGUGGAAACGUCUAUUGAAGAGUCAGGUUCUCCACUUCAACAUUGUGAUGUUCCAGAGCAGCUCGAUGGACAGCUGAAUCCGGCUGUUCAGGAUGCUUUGGAGCACAUAAAGGCUAAAAGAGACAAACCCUUCCUUCAGGAGAAGUUCAUAGACUCUGCUAAAGGGAGAGGUGUGUUCACCAAGGAAUCCAUUGAGCAAUCUUCUUUUGUUGUUGAGUUUCGGGGGAGGAUCUCUACUUGCCAAGAAAGCUCUGAGAAGCAACCUGGAGAUUCGUUAAACAAUUAUGUGUUUAACUUUUCAUGGCAAGAAACAAACUGGUGUGUUGACGCUUCAGCUGAUGAUGGGAGUUUGGGUCGGCUCGUAAACGAUGACCACCUUGAUCCAAACUGCAAUGUAGUGAAGAUUACCUAUGAGGAGAAGCCACACCUGUGCCUGUUUGCACUGAAAGAAAUAUCAGCUGGUGAGGAGAUAACCUUUGACUACGGGGGAUCUUCGUACUCGUGGCGCCCAGAGGAUCCUAGCGAGGAUGUAAAUAUUCCUGAAAAAGGCUUGGAAAAGGAUCCAGCUGUCCCCAUUGAUAAAAAACUUGAAGACUCUGCAGCAGAAUCCUUCAGCUCUGCUGAAUCCUCCGGAGAUGAAUACGUCUGCAAUGAACAACCAGACGGCGAUGACAGUUUCUCAGAGUCUGAACUGCCUGGCGGGGCGUCAUCCACCGUAGAGGGGGACUGGUCUCGCUCCAGCUCCGACGACUGGGACUCCGACACGCCGACCAAAGCUACUUCCUUAACGAGGAAGAACUACUGUUACGUUUGUGGAAGACCUCAGUCAAAAAUCUCCCGUCACCUCUUAACCCACAGAGCGGAAGAGCCUGAGAUCGCUGAGGCUUUUAAGAUGCAUCACAACAACAAGGAGCGAAAGAAACUGCUCCAAAAGCUGCGGAACAGAGGAAACUACAACCACAACCAGGAAGUCCUGAGAACUCGAAAAGGAAAACUUAAAGUGAGGCGAAGAACAAACACGUCCUCUAUCAAAAACACUGCUACCUGCAUCUACUGUAAGCUCUUGUUUAUGCGAAAGACUUUAUGGAGGCAUCUUCAGAAAUGUCCGAUGAGGAUCCCCUCCCCUCUAGAAGGCAAGUCAGGGAUUUUAGCAUUAGUUGCAUCUGGGCUAACAGAACCUGAAAACAGGUCGUCAGGUGUGAGGAAGAUUUUAAAAAAACUGAAAGAAGAUGAAGUUACCUCCUUAGUUUUGAAGGAUCCUUACCUUUUGCGGCUGGCUCGCUGUUUGUACUACAUGACGGAUGGCAAGAGCAAAGACUACGAACUCAAUCGGAAACUGAGACAAAUGGGGAAACUGCUCGCAACCUUGAAAGAAAAGUCUAUAAUGAGCAUUGAGGAGGCUUUAAAACCACAGAACUUCAAUGUUGUAAUGGAAGCAGUGAGGAAAGUCUCAACCAUGAGGAAAAACAUCAACGCCAAGCCACUUUCAAAAGUAAUUGGAUACUCACUUAAGAAAGUGGCUGAUAUAAAAUAUGCUGUAGCUGUGAGCAACAAAGCGGAUAACGAGACGAUAGAGGAGGCGAAGGAGUUCCUGAAGCUGUGUGAGAAGGAAUGGGCUUCAAACGUACCAAUUCGACAGUCUGUACAGGGAGCACCGACUUUACCCUUCAUCCAGGACGUUCAGCUGCUGUUUAAGUACAUCCAGAAUUCGGUGAGCUCUGCAGUCUCAAUUCUGACCAAGUUUCAAAGCCCACCAGUCUACAUUGCCCUCCUCAAAGGGAUCUUCGCAUAUGUGGGUAUAUUAAGCAGAAAUUUUACUGACAUGUUGUAUGUGACCCUGGAGUCGUUCCUGCAGUGGAGUGAAUCUCAGCCUCAGGAAAAUGCUGACACCAAGCAGCCGCUGCUUGACAAAGUUCUCUCCAAACGGCUCGUUAAGAUCAACAUUGUUAACGAAAAGAACCAAAACGUAGUUUUCAGUCUGACCCCAGAGCUGCUCUCUGCAAUCACCAUGCUGGUGGAGAAGAGAAAACAAUGCGGUGUGCCCGAUGGUAACCCCUAUCUCUUUGGAUGGCCGGAUAAUUUGUCCAUGAACAUCUGGAAGUGGCAACGGGUCAUCUCCAUGUUUGUGGGUUUGUGCGGCGCCAAAGGUGAGAAGAACCUAAAGUGUCCGUUCUUCCGUAUUCACACGGCAAGAAUUUUCCGUAUUCUCAUCCUGAAUAAUGAGGAGCUCGGCCAGUUAGCCACACUGCUGGGGUGCGAUGUUAAAUCCGAGAGCGAGUUCUACCAGAACCAGGAGGCGGUUGGAGACAUCGCAAAAAUCUUGGUGCUGCUGUCGGCUAUGGAGACCGAAUGUCCGACCAUGUACCAAGGAAAAUCUCUGGAGGAAAUUGAAAUUCCAGAUGAGCUGCCGGCGGUGAUGGAGAACAGCAGGAGAGCCACUGAAGCUUCUCGUCAGGCGAACGGUGGUUCUCCCUCAUCGACAAAGAAGAAAGGCAAAGGUUCUUCCAAGAGGAGUCGAGUCAAAAAGAAGCAGGAAGACGAGGAGGAUCGGACUGAAGCGACUCGUGAGAAAAAUGAAGCGGAGAAAGAACCAGAGCAGAGCAGCGAGACUCAGACCAAUAAUCAAACCACUGCAGCUCCUGACAAACAGAACGAGAGUCAGAUUUAUUUUAGCGACGAAGACGAAGACAUGAAUGUAGAUUUUAAUAUUGACAUCGACAUAAACGAUGAUGACGAUAUCAGAAAAGAAGGAAGUAAGGCUGAUGAUGACUCUGAAGCGAACCGUCAGGAUAAAACUGAAGAAAAUGAGACGAGUGAGACUCGGAGGGACAACAACUCGUCUGAAGACACGAUGGGACAAAACAACGAAGACGAUGAUGAUGAUGUCAGAAAAGAGGGGAAUGAAGCUGAUGAUGACUGUGGAGCAAACGCUGGAGUUCAGGAUAAAACAGAAGAAGUCGAGACGAUGGGACAGAACGAAGAGGCAAACGGUGAAGAUGACGAUGAUGGUGAUGAACAGGACGGCUGGAUGGGAGCAGAAAGUGGAGGAUCUUCUCCUGUACGCACAGAAGAGAAACGCAGCAACUUUGAGGCAGCAAUGAGAAGCAUGAAAGUAAUCAAGAUUUUGAUCCGCAAACUGAACAUGGAGAACUUGCAGAUUCCUGUCCGGGUUUCACAGUUUCCUCUGAGUGAGAAUCAGUCGGUCAAAGAUCAGCCGUCACCGGUCGCUGCAGACGAGCGUCGAUCCACGUCCACAGAGGAAACCAACAAACAGACAGACACAAAGGCUGUGAAGAUGAACUGCUCCCACUGUCACAGGAUCAUGACGAAGGGACAAACGGCGUACCAGAAGAAAGGCUUCACUGACGUCUUCUGCUCCAAACGCUGCCUGUUUGAGAUGUUUCCUCCCAGCAAAGCAGCUCGGAGGAGCUGCUACUACUGCUUCAGGGAGAACCUGCAGCCGCUGGAGCUCAUCAUGGCCGCCGUGGACCUCAAAGGAACCAUGAGAGACUUCUGCAGCACCGCCUGCUUGUGCUCCUUCAGAUCCAGCUCUCCUUCUCUCCAGAGAAAGUUCACCACCACAUCCACCCAGACGCUGUCAUCGCUCUGCAGCGCCUGCAGGAAAAACUGCGUGAGCGAGCUGGAGUUGAAGCUGGAUGAGUGCCUGCACCGGUUCUGCAGUGUCGUCUGCUUGGACGCGUUCUGCAGGGAGAACCUGGGCAUCUGUGAGAACUGCAGCCAGUCCUGCAGGAAGAAGCCGCUUCAGCUGAGGCUGGAGGACGGAUCAAAGACCAUCUGUGGUCCGGACUGUCUGGAGGAGUUCAAAAAGAACGUGAUGGCGGCCCAGGAGUGUCCCGUGUGUCGAGCUGCUCAGCUCCCGUCAGACAUGGUCAACCACAAAAACAAGGAGAACGCCGUGGAUCUCUUCUGCUCUCGCUACUGCGUGAUGUCCUUCAAGGCGCUGCCCGCUGCGGACCAGAACAUCAGAACCCAGCGUUCUGCGGACGACACGGCCAGACUCAUCAUCGCCAGCGACGACGCCGCCUGCUGCGGCUGCAGGAAGCAGCUGAAACGUGCGUCUGCAGUUUACCACCUGAAAAAAGCAAAGCAGCUGUUCUGCUCGGAGGCGUGCGUCACUAAAAUGCUUCCCCACGUCCAGUUCGACACCAGGAAGUGUUACAGCUGCCUCCAGUUGAUCACGCAGCCUCAGAAAGUGAUCCUGGCUCCGGUGGAUGAUUCAGGAACGAUGAAGGAGCUCUGCAGCGACACGUGUCUCACUUCUGUCAAAUCCAAGAUGCUUCUCUCCAACUGCAAGCUGUGUGGCAAACAUUGUCCUUGUAAGCUCUCCAUGACGGUGGACGGCGAGGUCCACAGACUCUGCAGCGAGUCCUGCGUCUCCGACUUCCGCAUCCAGAACCAGUCCUCCUGGUCGUCCUGCGCAGCCUGCGGCGCGCUGCGCUGCAGCCUGCGGCUCGCCCUGCAGACGGACGGCGGCGUGAAAACCGUCUGCGGAGACGAAUGUCUGCUCAGGCUCAAAGAGAAAGUGAAAACCCUGCAGCUUUGCUCGACGUGCAGAACGCCCCAUCAGAUGUCGGACAUGGUGGAAAGUCAAAACGGCGAGGGGCAGCUGGAUCUGUUCUGCAGCCACCGGUGCAUGACGGUUCACAAAGCUCAGACCUUCACUGUUCCAGCAGAAAACAAGUCCGAGGAGACUGACGUUAAAGACGUUAAAGACGUUAAAGACGUUAAAGACGUUAAAGACAUGAAGCCGUCUCUGGCCAGUUUACCCCAGAUCAAAGAGGAGCCGGAGGACCUGGAGGUUUUUCUGAGCCGCUCCGUCUCAGUUUCUCCACAGAGCAUCAAGGAGGAGCCGGGCGCGCCCAAGGAGGAGCUGAAGAUCGGGUCGGUUUUCUCCCUGACGGAGGACUCCAAGCCGCCCCGGCCCACUCUGGCCCACAUGGAGCUCCAGGCGUCCUGCUCCACCUGCCGGAAGGUGCUGCUGGACGGAGAGACCGUCUACCAGAGGAAAGCCCAUCCGGAUCUCUUCUGCUCCACUUCCUGUCUGCUCCGGUUCCACCAGCGGAAGUCCGUGAAGAAGACGUGUCACUUCUGUCUGCGGGUGAUUGUGAAGCUCCCGUCGGUCCUGCAGGCUGCCGUGGACGACGCAGGAACCAAGAAGGACUUCUGCAGCCAGUCCUGCCUGUCGUCCUUCAGCUACAAGAGGAUCAUGUCCACCAAGCUCCCCAUCCUUCCAGCUGGGUCGCAGUCCCAGUGCAGCGUUUGCAGCAGAUUCUGCAUCAGCAAACAUGAGGUCAUCCAUCAGGACGUGGUGCAGAAGGUCUGCAGCGAUCCCUGCUACCACCGCUUCUGCAACAUCAACAACCUGACGGUGUGCGAGAACUGCGGCUCCCGCUGCAGCGCGCCGCUCAGCCUCAAGAUGGAGGACGGCAACAAGCCGCUGUGCGGCGCCGAGUGCCUGGAGCUACUCAAGCAGAAAAUCCCGCCGUUGCAGCCGUGCUCCAUGUGCAGUAAAUCUAAACUUGUUUCUGAAAUGGUUGAGUAUAAAACCAGUGAAGAAGUCGUCGAGCUGUUCUGCUCCAGCAGCUGCGUGAUGGCGGCCAACAUCCAGGCCGUCUGUUCAUCAGGUGUCCCUCUGAGCUGCCAUAACUGCAGGAAGACGGCGGCUCCGGCGUGUCACCUGGCCAUGCCGGACGCCUCCAUCAGGAGCUUCUGCUGCCUGUCCUGCGCCGUGACUUUCAAGGAGACGCAUAAAGACGAAAUCAGCAGAACCAGGGAAGCAGAACCCGGCAGACCGGCGCCAGAGGAGCGGCUGUGUGCUCAGUGCCAGGAAGCCAUUAAAACGGCUCCCAGAGUCAUUCAGAUGAAGGAUGAAGUGAUUUUUGUCUGCAGCCUCGUCUGCUCCAAGAAGUUCAAGAAGCUCAACAGCCUCCUGGGUGUUUGUGAACGCUGCAGGAAGAAAACCGUCAUCCACGAAGUCAAGAGGAUCGACAACAAGGACUGCAGCUUCUGCAGCAACGGCUGCCUGCUGCUGUUCCACCGUGACCUGGACAGGAAGUGGGGGAAACACUGUUCGUCGUGUUCCUACUGCCUCUCCGUGUCCAGAACGGCGCUGUCGGCCACGGCGGCAGGCAGGCAGAGGGAGUUCUGCUCCAAACGCUGCAGGUCCAAAUUCAGAACGCUGAUCAGCCACGAGGCGAAUUGCGACACAUGCGGCCGGCGAGGGAAGCUGACGGAGAGUCUUCCUCUGCCGGGGAACGUCAAACGUUUCUGCGACCUGAAAUGUCUCCUGCGCUUCGGGAAGAACGAGGAAGAGGAGCAGGAUGAAGGACCUUCUCCGCCUGGAGGAAGCGUGGCGUCUUCGCCGGUCAUCACCAGCGUGGUUUCGCUGUCCGGCGGCCCGGCAGGACGGACCGCACCGCUCGGACUUUUCUCGGACAUCCAGGCUAAAGUCGUCGGCCAUGCCAGCGUCCAGACGGCUCCCAAACAGCUGAAGAACAAAUCCAUGCUGUGCGUUCCUCUGGUCCACAACAAAGCUGCCUCCUGCUGUGUUCAGACUGUGGAAACGGCGUCACAGACAGUGAAUUUUAAGCAGAAGGUCCGCCAGGUGAGCGCGGCUGUUCCUGUGCCGGUUCCCGUCUACGUCCCUCUGCCCAUGAACCUCUACAGCCAGCUGGCUCCAGCUCCGCUGGUUCUGCCCGUUCCGCUGCUGGUUCCCGUGUUUCUCCCAGAGGGGAAGAAGAAGAAGGAGGAAGAGGAGGAGGAAGAGGAAGAUGGCUCUGAGGCGGCGGCGGAGGAAACACCGCCUGGAUCUCUGCAGGAGGAGCUGAGCUGCCGACCACAAGGACAAACGGAGAAGCAGGAGGAAACUCAGUCACUUAUUGAAACCAUCAACAGCUACAUGGACGGUUUGGGGUCCGAUUACCAGCCCAGUUUCAACCACAAAGACUUCGAGUCCGACUGCAGCCUGGAGUUAUUCAGUCAGAACCAGACCUGCUGCAUCCCUCCUCCAGAACCGGAACCGGAACCGAACCUCCACACAGGCCCUGACCUCCCUCUGCCUCCUGCUGGACCAACGGGUCCAAACCUCCAGAACUCACUGGAUUCUUUAGCAGCUGCAGGUUUGGCUGACGAGACUCAGGAAAACAUCCAGAAUAAUCUGAAGGGAGUUCUGGACAGUCGGGUUGGAGUUGAUGCCUGGAGGAAAUGGAUCCAGUGGAGAGAAUCUCAAACCAGUUUGGACCUGCUGCCCACGGCUGCUGGCAGGUCGGACAUCCUGCGCUGCUCUUCCUCUGAGCUGAGCGACGGCCUCUUCCUCUUCAUCAGGGAGGCGAAGCUUCGUGAGGAAGACUCCGGCUCUCCAGACGGCCUGUUCUUCCUCUGCCUCAGCAUCCAGCAGUAUUUGUUUGAAAACGGACGACUGGAGAACAUUUUCACCGACCAGAACUACCAGAAGUUCUCGUCUGAGCUCACCAGAAUCCUGAAAUGUUCCCGACCUUCCCUGUCCGUCCACCGCGGCGCCCCCUCCUGGGUGGAGGAGGAGUUUCUGUGGGAGUGCAAGCAGCUGGGGGCGUCCUCCCCCUCCGUCCUCCUCAACACGCUGCUCUUCUUCUGCUGUAAGAACUUCGGCUUCACCGCGGUGGCGCAGCACCGCCGGCUGUCCUUCGCUAACUUCACCAGCUGCACCAGAACCGACGGCGAGACGAACGUCCUGCGGUUCUACCCGCCGGAGUCCAGAGACGAUGCAGAGACCGGUUCUGACGGCGUCCCGGCGAAGAAACGCAGGUUAAACGAGGAUUUCCUGGAGAUGAAGGAGAACCUGCAGAACCCGCUGCGCUGUCCAGUCCGACUCUACGAGUUCUACCUCUCCAAGUGCUCCGACUCGGUGAGGCGGCGCAGCGACGUUUUCUACCUGCAGCCAGACCGCCGCUGCGUUCCCAGCAGCCCCCUGUGGUUCUCGCAGGCGCCGCUGGAUGACGCCACCAUGGAGGCCGCCAUCGUUCGAUCGCUCGCCGUCAGAGAGCUGAGGGAGCGAGACGGAGGAGGAGCCUGAGGGAGCGAGACGGAGGAGGAGCCUGAGGGAACCGACGGCGCCAGGAUUUCUUUUCUAGUUUGGAUUUUCUGCUGUUUGGUUUGGAAAAAAGUUUAAAUGAGAGAAAACUGUUUGUUUCAUUUCUUCCUUCAGAAACUCAUGUUCAUCAUUUUUACACAGCAGGGAAUCAGUGUUUACUUUUAUCAACUGGAUGUUUUUGGAUUGAAAAUCAUUUUUAUUAUUUUUACAUAAUAAGGCUGAAACAGUCGUUCUAAACUGGAUCUGUUGUUUGUUUUUGUCCCGUUUGACUCAAUUAAAUCAUUUCAUUAAUAAAAUCUUUGAACAGUA